AGCAGACACCCCUGCCCCCGGAAGCGCUCCCUGGUGGCAGGAACGAUGGUGGCGGGGGUUCCUCGAAUGCUGGGGCUGCGGGCCGCGAGGCUGCUCCGCACGGCGUGCGUGAAGCCGGCCUGCGCCUCCCGGAGUGUCCUCACAGUCUCCCCACACCCAGGGCAAUGCUGUAAAACUUCCUCAGGGGUGUCAUGGAUGCCAAGCAGGUGCAGCAGCACUGCAGCAGAAGCCCCGGCCACAAAGCCAGAAGAUGACUCUGUCCUCCAGUGGUUGCUGCUUCUCAUCCCUGUGACUGCCUUUGGCCUGGGCACGUGGCAGGUCCAGCGUCGGAAAUGGAAGCUGAAACUGAUCGCAGAAUUAGAGUCUCGAGUCAUGGCUGAGCCCAUCCCUCUGCCGGCAGACCCAGUGGAGCUGAAGAAUCUGGAGUAUAGGCCAGUGAAGGUCAGGGGCCACUUUGACCACUCCAAGGAGCUGUACAUCAUGCCCCGGACCAUGGUGGACCCUGCCCGAGAAGCCCUUGAGGCUGGCCGCAUCUCCUCCUCAGCCGAGAGCGGGGCCUUUGUAGUCACCCCCUUCCACUGCACUGACCUGGGAGUCACCAUCCUGGUAAACAGAGGAUUUGUCCCCAGAAAGAAGGUGAAUCCCGAGACCCGGCAGAAAGGCCAGGUCGAGGGAGAAGUGGCCCUAACUGGGGUGGUGAGGCUGACAGAAACCAGGAAGCCCUUUGUCCCAGAGAACAGCCCAGAAAGGAACCACUGGCAUUACCGGGACCUGGAGGCCAUGGCCAGGACCACAGGCGCAGACUGUAUUUUCAUCGAUGCAGAUUUCAGUUCCGGGCAGAGGCCUGUCACUCAAGAACCUGCACAAGUGAGGACAGGAGCCCACCGUCUUCACAGAGAGCACCGUCCCUGGAGGACCCAUCGGAGGGCAGACCAGAGUCACCCUGCGGAAUGAGCACAUGCAGUACAUCAUUACCUGGUACGGGCUGUGUGCAGCCACAUCAUACUUAUGGUGUAAGAAGUUUCUACACCGGAUGCCUGGCAUGUGACAGGGUCAGUACAGCCCUGCCCCUAUUUAAAAUAAAAAGCUUGCUUGUAAAAGAAAA